AAAUAAAAUAAGGAGGCAAUUGCCUUGGGACUGAUACUUUUUGGUUUGGUGUAUUGCGCAGUAGGCAUGGUAUUUCUUCCUUCCUUCCUUCCUUUUUUUUUAAGAGAGUGAUUUAUAGGAGCUUCAGUAAAUGCUGCAUAUUGUAUUUCAAAGAGUUUCCUGUCAUGACCUCAUAAAAAGAGGAGGCGGCUUGUAUGUGUACCAGCGCCUAGUAUAUGCCGAUUUGUUGCAUCGUUGGGCAGGAGUUCUGUAAGAAGGAAUGUCAGCUUUUACAUAACGUUCUUUUUGCUUUUGACACUGUGCGGGGCUGUAAGGGUCCAUCUUUGUGAUCACAGAUGGAGUGGAAUGGCUUGAAAAUGAUAAUUAGCACCAUGGAGCCUCAGGUGUCAAAUGGCCCAACAUCCAAUACAACCAAUGGACCUGCCAGUAACAGUAGGAACUGCCCUUCCCCUAUGCAGACGGGGGCUGCUACAGAUGACAGCAAAACAAACCUCAUAGUCAACUAUUUACCCCAGAAUAUGACCCAGGAAGAGUUCAGGAGCCUUUUUGGGAGCAUUGGUGAAAUAGAGUCCUGCAAGCUUGUGAGAGACAAAAUUACAGGGCAGAGUUUAGGGUAUGGAUUUGUUAACUAUAUUGAUCCAAAGGAUGCAGAGAAAGCCAUUAACACUUUAAAUGGACUCAGACUCCAGACCAAAACCAUAAAGGUUUCCUAUGCCCGUCCAAGUUCGGCAUCAAUCAGAGAUGCUAAUCUGUAUGUCAGCGGCCUUCCAAAAACGAUGACCCAGAAAGAGCUAGAGCAGCUUUUCUCGCAAUAUGGGCGCAUCAUCACCUCAAGAAUUCUGGUUGAUCAAGUCACAGGUGUUUCUCGUGGUGUAGGAUUUAUCCGUUUUGAUAAGAGAAUAGAGGCAGAAGAAGCCAUAAAGGGACUAAAUGGCCAGAAGCCUAGUGGUGCUACAGAACCGAUUACUGUGAAGUUUGCUAAUAACCCCAGUCAGAAAACAAGCCAAGCCCUCCUUUCCCAGCUGUACCAGUCUCCCAACAGACGCUAUCCGGGACCUCUCCACCACCAAGCUCAGAGAUUCAGGCUGGACAAUUUGCUUAAUAUGGCCUAUGGCGUAAAGAGGUUUUCUCCGAUCACAAUUGAUGGGAUGACGAGCCUUGUAGGAAUGAACAUCCCUGGCCACACUGGGACUGGGUGGUGCAUCUUUGUCUACAACUUGUCCCCUGACUCCGACGAAAGUGUCUUGUGGCAGCUCUUUGGCCCCUUUGGGGCAGUCAAUAACGUCAAGGUGAUUCGCGACUUCAACACCAACAAGUGCAAGGGAUUUGGCUUUGUCACCAUGACCAACUACGAUGAAGCUGCCAUGGCAAUUGCCAGCCUUAACGGAUAUCGCUUAGGAGACAGAGUAUUGCAAGUUUCCUUUAAAACCAAUAAAACCCAUAAAUCCUGAAUUUCAUAUCCUUAAUAAUUAUUAUAAAUAUAUAUAUAUAUAAAUAUAUAUACGAACAAACAAACAAAAAACUUUCAAGGCUUAUACUCAACCAUGGACUUUUAUAAGCCAGUGUUGCCUAAGUAUUAAAACGUUGAUAUCCUGUGAACAGGAAAGGAUUUUAUAAUGCUUAGAAAAAAAACACAAAAAACCUUUGAUGCAUUGAAUGUUCUUUCAUAGCUGUCGUUGUUGAAUAUAAUAUACAUAGAUAACAAUGUGCAGGGAUUUUUACCCGGCCAGCUAGUUUUACUACCUUCCUUGAAGGUGGGUCUUUUUAAGAUGACCAUUCACUCAUUUGAAAAAUAAAUAAAUAAAUGAAAAAAAUCUAAAACCAUUUUUACAGACUAAUGGGAUUAGCAGAUUUUGCUCUCUUUUUUUUCCAAAAUGUUUGAUCCAAUCAGAUUGGUAAACCCCCAACAUAAAUUAAAGAGGAACAAUAAAAAUUGCAAAAUGAAAAAAAAA